AUGGUCUGCGGGGGCUUCGCCUGCUCGCGCAACGCGCUCUGCGCCCUCAACGUAGUUUAUGUGCUGGUUGGGGUGCUGCUGGUGGCCGUGGCGGGCUGGGCACGGAGCCUGGGCAUGGGCUCCAGCCCCCCCCUGCUCGGCGGAGCCUUCGCCGUCGGAGUCUUCCUCCUGCUGAUCGCGGGGCUGGGGCUGCUCGGGGCCCUGCGGCACCACCAGGUCCUGCUCUUCUUCUACGUGCUGAUCCUGGGCCUGGUGUUCCUGUGCCAGCUCGGUGUGUCCUGUGCCUGCCUCGCCCUGGGCCGGGAGGCUCAGGAGCGGCUGCUGCACUCGGCCUGGCCCCUGCUGAGCGGGGGGGCGCGGGGGGAGCUGCAGCGCAGGCUGGGCUGUUGUGACCCGAUGGGGGGUGGGGAGCAGGGGACGCCUCCCCCCUGCUGCCACCAUGGGGGGGUCACCGUGUCCCCCCAAUAA